AUGGCUACAAUUGUAGACUCGAUUCUCAAUUCGGAUGCCUUUGGUGCCACCCCUUCUUCCCAGAGGCACACUCAGAAUGACUUUCCUUCCUCUUCGAGACCGCGCGCCGCACCAUCUGAGAGCAAUGGCAUGCCCUCUGAAGCCGACAUAUUCCCCGAUGAUGAGAUUGCGGGCGUAGCUCGUGGUCGUAAUCGCAAUCCUCUGGACCGAAACAUAUCGCAACUUACCGACGUCACCGCAGAAAGAGUUGCUCUAUCAUUCGAAGACUUUCUCGAAUCUCAUACCGAGGAGCCGUCCACUUCGACGCCUGCUUCUAGCGAGUUGAAGACGGACAAAUAUUACAUAAACCAGAUACAUGGCCUGCGAGAGUUUCAGCUUUCGACGCUCUAUGUCGAUUACAGACACAUGCUAGCAUACAAAGAGGGUACCAUUCUCGCAGAUGCGAUUUCGGCGCAGUACUACCGAUUUCUUCCCUACCUGACCAAGUCCCUCCACAAUCUGCUUUCCAAGUAUGAGCCCACCUACUUCAGAGAUCAUCGUCAGACGACAAGCGGCGCUUCUCAAGCGGGCACAUCGAUCGCAGGUAAUGCCACAAGCGAAGGCAGUUCGCAAGGGGAACGGAAUUUGAACCAGCAAACAGACAAGCUUUUCACUUUGGCAUUUUAUAAUCUACCAUUGAUAUCUCGAGUUCGCCAGUUGAGGACAAAUCAAAUUGGCAAACUUGUCUCUGUCUCUGGAACUGUCACGAGGACAUCUGAAGUCCGCCCUGAGCUGGCUCUGGGGACCUUCAUUUGUGAGGCGUGCAACACCACUAUCCCCAAUGUUGAACAGACAUUCAGAUAUACUGAACCUAAUGUCUGUCCAAACUUGACAUGUGGUAAUAAGUUAGCCUGGAGAUUGGACAUCAGAAAUAGUACAUUCGUGGACUGGCAGCGAUGUCGGAUUCAAGAGAACAGUUCUGAAAUCCCAACUGGAAGCAUGCCGCGAACCAUGGACGUUAUACUGCGAGGGGAGCAGGUGGAGCGGACGAAACCCGGAGAGAAAUGCGUCUUUACUGGCACAUUGAUCGUCGUACCGGACGUAUCUCAGCUUGGCCUUCCAGGCGUUCGACCGGAGGCAUCGAAGGACAACAGAAAUUUCCGUGGUGGUGAGGCUGGCGAAUCUGGUGUCACUGGACUGAAGUCAUUGGGCGUUCGAGACCUCACGUACCGCAUGGCGUUCCUGUCUUGCUUUUCCUGCCCCGAUACCACGACUCCUGGCCAAAGUGUCAAUCAACUCAAUGGGCAAUCCACGAACAUCCUGAACUCACUCCAUCAGACAGACUUAUUCGACCAAUACGACAGCGGGGAACGCGCACAAGAGGCCUACCUGGAGACGCUCGCACAUGCAGAAAUCGAGGAUUUGAGAAACAUGGUGCAUACAGACAAAAUCUACAGUAGGCUCGUACAGAGUCUCGCACCCAUGGUGUACGGUCAUGAGAUUGUAAAGAAAGGUCUCCUUCUUCAACUCUUGGGAGGCGUCUCAAAGAAGACACCAGAGGGCAUGGCUCUAAGAGGGGACAUCAACAUUUGCAUCGUUGGUGACCCUUCAACAUCGAAGUCUCAAUUCCUCAAAUACAUCUCCUCAUUCCUCCCAAGGGCAGUCUAUACCUCUGGCAAAGCUUCUAGCGCAGCUGGUCUGACUGCAGCCGUUGUAAAAGAUGAGGAGACAGGCGAACACACCAUUGAGGCAGGCGCGCUUAUGCUUUCAGAUUCGGGGACUUGCUGUAUUGACGAAUUCGACAAGAUGGAUAUCAGUGACCAAGUCGCCAUUCAUGAAGCCAUGGAACAGCAAACCAUCUCAAUCGCAAAAGCCGGCAUUCACGCCACUUUGAAUGCGCGCACAAGUAUUCUCGCUGCCGCGAACCCUAUCGGAGGUAGAUACAAUAGAAAAGCGACCUUGCGCGCCAAUAUCAACAUGUCAGCACCGAUCAUGUCAAGGUUCGACUUGUUCUUCGUUGUUCUGGACGAAUGCAAUGAGAACAUCGACCGACAUCUCGCUGAUCAUAUCGUCAAUCUCCACAUGUUCAAAGACGAUUUCGUGCAGCCAGAGUUCUCGACCGAACAACUUCAACGCUAUAUCCGUUUCGCACGAACGUUCAAACCUGUCUUCGAGCCUGCAGCAAAAGCACUCUUGAUUGAGAAGUACAAAGAACUUCGUGCCAAUGACUCUGGCGGCAUUGGCCGAAACAGCUAUCGAAUUACGGUGCGACAAUUGGAAUCGCUGAUCCGAUUGAGCGAAGCCAUUGCCAAGGCAAAUUGUGUGGAAGAGAUCACUGAAGAAUUUGUCACCGAAGCUUUCAACCUACUCCGUCUCUCCAUCAUUAGUGUCGAGAAAGAUGACGUCGAUGUAGAGGACGAUGAGGACAACUCGCAACAGGCCCGACCAAGUGGCGAAGAAGGCGGCGACGAUAAUGCCGACAGUCCCAUGGGUGAAGGAGAUGAUUCAGGUCCAGCGCCUACCAAACCAACCACUAAGAUCACUUUCGAGAAGUUCCACAACAUACAGAACAUGCUGGCAUCGAAAAUCCGUGACGAUGAAGAUCAAACUGGCCAGGGCCCGGAGCAUGAAGAACUGCUCCUGUGGUAUCUCGAGCAAAUUGAAGAGUCUUUGAGCACUGAAGACGACCUGGAAACUGAGCGAUCUCUCGCGAGAAAAGUUCUGAAGAAGAUGAUCAAGGACAACGUGAUCAUUCCAAUCCGCGGCGAGGGACUAGUCGAAGGGGAGGACGAAAAUGGCGAGGCCAAUCAAGCAGCAGGCGAAUCAUCAAAUACAGCACAGGGUCAGAAGCUGUCGUACGCGCUGCAUCCGAAUUGCGGAAUCUUCGAGGAUGAGUGA